AUGCCCUAUGUCCGCGAACAGUUUUUCGCCGAAGUUUCACCUCUUGCAACAAUUGUAGAGCUUUCAUCAAAGAGUAUGCAAGAAUUCGAGGAAGAUCUCAAGACGAAAUAUCGAGGUCUUACUGCUAUCUACCAUUAUCGUGAUCCCGGGACUUACUUUGGAUACUUGGGUGAACAAUUCUUCAGUCGUUUACCGAAGACAUGCAAGACUAUUUGUCAUCUGGGAGCUGGCUACGAUGACAUAGAUGUCGCUGCAGCCAGAAAGUAUGGCGUUACCGUGACUCACACACCUUCCGCUGUAGAUGAUGCGACAGCAACAACAGCUACAUAUCUGAUAAUCUCAGCGAUGCGCCAGUUCGCCAGAGCUGAGGUAGCUUGCCGAGAAGGAAAAUGGAAGACAGGAUUGCCACUCGCCCGGGACCCCGAACACAAAACACUAGGUAUAAUCGGCUUGGGAGGGAUCGGUACAGUAGUAGCUAGACGGAUGGCGUUAGGAUGGGGUAUGAAAAUACUUUAUCACAAUCGACGUCAAAUUGCGAAUCCUCCUCAGGAUUUUUCGGUAGAAUACAAGGUUACCAUGGAUGAGCUAUUUGCCGAAUCGGAUGUUGUGUCAGUCCAUCUUCCCCUAAACGACAAGACCAAGAACAUUAUCGGUAAAGCUCAAUUUGAUGCUAUGAAGCCAAAAAGCGUUCUGGUCAACACAGCAAGAGGCGGUUUAGUAGACGAGACUGCCCUUCUAGAAGCCCUGCAAUCGGGUAAAUUGCAUGGGGCAGGUCUUGACGUCUUCCCAAAUGAACCAGCCAUAAAUGUGGAGCUGUUCAAACAUCCAAAUGUGACAAUACUCCCUCAUAUGGGAACGGAGACGUGGGACAGUCGAGAUAAGAUGGCUUUAAUGGUUUUGGACAACAUCCUUGCAGCCUUGAAUCGAGAGGCUUUGCCUAACAUAGUCCCGGAACACCAAUAG